GACUAGUCGGCCCUAGGCACGACCUAACCACUACCUGGUCCAUACAUACACUUACUUACUUACUUUGACGACGGUAUCAUCUGCAAAUACCCAACGCCGUCGUCCCAGUCGCUCCUUCCUCACCGCUUCCACGCCGCGGGAAUCUCGGGAAGGCGCCACUGGACGACUAUUGCAGAAGGCGCCCAUUGCAGUCGACCAUGCAGAAGACGAUGCAGAAGCCCAUGCAGAACAAGACGACGCUGCAGAAGACCAUGGUGGCAUCCGCCCCAUCCGCCCGCAUACCGGUCUUUUACCGUCUCGUCUUCCUCUGGCUCGAGCCCGUCUCGAUCCUCACCGGCGCCGUCUACGCCCACUUCCUCCCCUCCGUCUACCUCGCCCUGACGCAUGCAGCCAGCGCGCCCACGACGAUGCCCGUCUCAACAGCCAUCAUCAUGACCCAACUCGCCAACCUGUACCUUGGCCUUGGGCUGCUCGAAGCCACGGUGCUGCGCUCCACAUGCGACAGCAAAGUAUGGUCAAGUUUCAUCAUGGCCCUGCUGGUGGCGGAUCUCGGCCACCUGUAUUCCGUCAGGCUGCUUGGGUGGCAGAUUUACUGGGCCUGGUCGACGUGGAAUGCGAUUGAUUGGGGCAAUGUGCCGUUUGUCUAUUUCCUCGCUGGGACACGCCUCUGCUUCCUCUUGGGCGUGGGCUUCACCAGCAAGAGUCACAGUGCGAGGGUGAAACUAUCGUAAAUGGGAACCCGACCAGGGCGAGAGACAGGGGGAGGGGAGGUUAGCCGAUCCCAUCUCCCGCCUGCGCAUGUAUCACAAUCCCACCACAUACCCCUUAUCGGGACUAAAAAGGCUCCAAACUUGGGUGUAUGUAACAAAUACGAUUCCUUCUCGGCAAAGUCGUGGCAGCAGCAGCCACUUUUCCCUACCCCAGACCCACUCCCCGA